ACGUAGGACGUAUGAAAGUGCGUCGUGACGGCGGACAGUUUUCCCUCCUAGCUGACACGAAGCUAUCAGACGCUGCCGAUGUUUCGCUAAAGACACUUUGUUCGUUGAAAAUUUCGGAUUCUGAGGCUUUAACACUGUUGGAGGAAGGCUGAUAGAGAAACCGACCACCCAGAACAACGUUGUUAAAGGCAGAAGACUUAUGCAGUCCUGCUAGCAGGGCAAGAUGUUCAACAAGACAUUUGGUACUCCCUUCGGUGGAGGGACAGGUGGAUUUGGCAACUCAUCGACCUUUGGACAGCAAAACACAGGUUUUGGGACGACGGGAGGCUUUGGGACGUCUGCAUUUGGGACAGCCAGCAACACAGGAGGGCUGUUUGGUUCCACACAGAAUAAACCUGGUGGUCUGUUUGGGUCCAGUACAUUCAGCCAGCCAGCGACUUCCUCCACCAGCACCGGCUUCGGUUUUGGUGCAGCGAGCGGCACGUCCACCAGCUUGUUUGGCAACUCCGGAACAGGCACCAGCGGCGGACUCUUCUCGCAGCAGAACAAUGCCUUUGGUGCCAACAAACCCACAUCUUUUGGAAGCUUUGGGACGAGCACGAGCAGCGGCGGGCUGUUCGGGUCAACCAACACCGCCUCCAACCCUUUCGGUGGAACAAACUCCCUGUUUGGAGGCUCGGGUUUCUCCGCAGCACAGCAGCCAGGGACAACUGUAAAAUUCAACCCUCCAACAGGAAGUGACACCAUGGUGAAAGCUGGUGUGACCACAAGCAUCAACACCAAGCACCAGUGCAUCACAGCCAUGAAGGAGUACGAGAACAAAUCCCUGGAGGAGUUGAGACUGGAGGACUACCAGGCGGGCAGGAAGGGCCCCACCAACCAGAUGGCUGCAGCGACGGGCGGUCUGUUUGGUUCAGCCACAGCCACAUCCAGCGCCACUACUGGCCUGUUUGGCUCCACAGCCCCCAACACCAGCUUCUCCUUUGGACAGAACAAGAGCACCUUUGGAGCAACAGCGGCCGGCGGUUUCGGUACCACCGCAGGCGGGCUGUUCAGUCAGCAGCCCCAGCAACAAGCCGGAAGCCUCUUCAAGCCAUUUGGUCAGACCACCACCACACAGAACACCGGCUUCUCCUUUGGCAACACCAACACUAUGGGACAGGCCAACACCAGCACCAUGGGUUUGUUUGGGAACACGGCAGCGUCUCAGUCAGGCGGGUUGUUCGGCGCGGCUCAGACCAGCACUGCCACUGGCUUUGGGACGGGCACCGGGCUGUUCGGCCAAACUAACACAGGGUUUGGAAAUGUUGGCACACAGCCGAGUUUAUUCGGUAAUAAGACGACCGGGUUCGGCACCACCACCACCAGUGCUCCGUCCUUCGGCACCGGCACUGGGCUCUUUGGCAACAAGCCCGCCCUCACACUGGGAACUGGAACCAACACCUCCACCUUCGGUUUUGGUGCAAACCCUGCUGGAGGAAGUCUGUUUGGAAACAAGCCGGCCACUGGAGGACUGGGGGCCGGACUGGGAACCAGCUUUGGAACAGCAGUGGGCACCGGGCAGACGUCUCUCUUUGGGAGUAACCAGAACAAACUGGGCACCACGCUAGGAACGAUGGGAACAUUCGGAGGAACUGGAUUCAACAGUGGAACCGGCACCCUGGGCUUCGGAGCUGCACAACAACCCGUCGCACUCACUGAUCCGAACACAGCAGCCGCGCAGCAGGCCAUGCUUCAGCAGCAGCUCAGCGUUUUGGCAUAUUCACCGUACGGAGACUCACCGCUGUUCAGAAAUCCGCUGUCCGACCCCAAGAAGAAAGAGGAGCGCCUGAAACCAACCAAUCCGACGGCCCAGAAGGCUCUGACCACGCCCACCCACUACAAGCUGACCCCUCGACCUGCAACCAGGGUCCGCCCCAAGGCUCUGACUUCAUCCGCCUCCUCCAAAUCGCAGCUCUUCGACGGCCUGGAUGAUGACGAGCCCUCACUCACCAAUGGAGCCUUCAUUCCCAGGAAGAGUAUCAAGAAACUUGUGCUGAAGAACCUGAACAGCAGUCAGUACAGCAGUCAGACGGAGACCGACGACCUCGCUUCACCAUCAGAGUAUCCACAGAACGGACACAGCCUUGUGGAGGAGGAGGUGGUGCUGAGGGAGCUGGCAGGCCCCAGCAGCCGUGUAGACGACGACCCUGAGGUCACCCAGUUCUACGUCAACCCCAUCGCCAAGCCGAUCCCGCAGGGCCGCACCCAGACCAGCCUGCAGGACACCAUCGGUGACCUAAACAUGCACAAACCAGCGAGGAACAGCCUGGAGCUGAGCAGUGAUGACGUGUCGGCAUCUCUGGGGGAGGAGUCUCUGCAGGAGGAGAGGGAGGAGGAGCAGCAGGAGACCCGACAGUCUCCUCACCCAGCGGGCAUCGUCCUGAACCGUGUUGGUUAUUACACCAUCCCCUCGAUGGAGGAUCUGGCUGAGAUGGUGGACGAAAACGGAGAGUGUGUGGUGGAAAACUUCACCGUUGGCAGGAAAGGCUACGGCUCCAUCUUCUUCCCUGGUGAGGUGAAUGUUACGGGGCUGAACCUCGACGAGAUUGUCCACUUCAGACGCAAGGAGGUCAUCGUGUACCCGGACGACAAGAACAAGCCACCAGAGGGGGAUGGUCUUAACAGACGGGCAGAGGUGACUCUGGACGGCGUUUGGCCAAACGACAAGACGACCUGCACUCAGAUCAGGAGCCCCGAGCGUCUGACCGACAUGAACUACGAGGGUCGGCUGGAGAAGGCCUCACGCAAGCAGGGAGCCCGUUUCCUGGAGUACAGACCUGAGACAGGAUCCUGGGUGUUCGAGGUGGCCCAUUUCUCCAAAUACGGCCUUCAGGACUCUGACGAGGAGGAGGACGUCCCGCCUCAAGCCGACCCCAAGAAGCUGAAGACGAUGAUGUCACUUCCUCCCUCCAGGCUGCAGCAGCAACUUCCCCCCUCCCAGCAGCAGGUGGCGCCACAGGCUCAGUCCACUGACGUCGUGGAUCUUCCCGGUGGUGUGGCAGAGUUGGACAGUGACAUGGCCGAUAUCACCCAGAGCCUCCCGACAGAGAGCAUGCUGGGAGGAGAGGAGGGCGACCCGCUCGGGGGGGAGAUGGACACAACGGGUGGGAAGCUUGGAUUGAUCUCUGCAGAGCACGACAGCAUCUCUGCAUCCAGCCACAUAGCAUCAACGCUGGGGAUCAACCCGCACACCCUCCAGAUCAUGAAGGCGUCUCUGUUUUCGGAGGAUGAAGAGGGGAGCGACAUGUUUCAGGAUCAGGGAGCGAUGAAGGUCUCCACCGACAUCUCGUCCCCUCGCCUCGUCCUGCCGGGAGCUCAGAGUCGACCCUCCGUGGGUGGUCUCCUUCAGGCUCGUUUUACCUCCGGCCUCUUCUCUCAGCUCUCAGACUCUCCCCGCCUUACUCAUCCUCCUCCUUUUCUGUCUCGGGCGUCUCCGGCGAUCGUCGAAACCCCCCGGUCAUUACACUGGGCGGGACCGGCCCCCUCCUCCUUCCUGCUGCCCCCUCGAACUCCAGAGCCUUCGGUCAGGACGGUUGGCGUCCGGCGGCUGGGUGGCCCCGUCCCCCUCAAAGAGUCGGUCACUCUGGGGAAGGGAGGUUUGUUGAUGGACGCUGGGCUGUUUGCGGGUCGGUCCUUUCGGGUUGGGUGGGGUCCCGGCUGGACGCUGGCACACUGCGGCCACCGGCUGAGUUCACUACCCUCCAAACAGCUCGACCACCAAGACCUGACGGCCAAGACCGACUUCAGCUUCCUGCCAAAACCUGCAAGGAGUAAACCACUGAUAGAAAGCCCCUAUAAGGUGGUGUUGGAGCAGAUGGUGGGUCUGGAGCCUCCAGCACUGAAGACCAGUGAUGAGGAGGAGGAGGAUGAAGAGAGCCAGGUGGUGCUGCAGCGCCCCCUAGAGAUCUGCCUGGAGCACAGCACCAUCAGCACCACAGACGCCUCAGCCUGCCCUCUGGUCCGUCCGGAGCCCGGUGUGGCGGCGCUGCACAAAUACGCCAAGUGGAUCACAGAGCUGAACGACAAGCAGGGUGAAGCAGACCCCCUCCUUGGGUACUGGGCCGAGGUCUGGACCCUGUGUGAGGCCCUGUGGGGUCGCCUGGGCCCCGCGGACCAGGAGCCAGACAUCGAGAUGCCCAGUGACUACGAGCAGCAGCUCGAGAGAAGGCGGACCUUCUCGGCCUGGCUCUCCCACGGCGCCACCUGCAGGGUGGAGGAGGAAGUGACUCUGGCAGGGAAGGGUCGCCACACGGAAGCCAUCUUCAGCUACCUGACGGGCAACCGCAUCAGUGAGGCGUGUCGACUAGCACAGAAGGAAGGAGACCACCGUCUGUCCCUGCUGCUGUCUCAGGCCAUGGGCUCUCAGUACUGCCGGGACCUGCUGGCCCUUCAGCUCGCCGACUGGAACCGCAUGCAGACGGACUGCUACCUGCCGGAGGAACGACUGCGCAUCUUCACGCUACUCGCAGGGAAACCUGUGUGGCAGUCCUCUGACUCUGUGGUGAACGUGUGCUCUCAGUUGGACUGGAAACGCUGUGUGGCUGUCCACCUCUGGUUCAUGUUGCCUCCGACCGCCUCGGUGGCCGACGCCCUCGCCAAAUAUGAAGCGGCCUUCCAGGGCACAUGUGAAGGGGGGAAGUACGCCUGUGCCCCCCUGCCUCCGUACCUGGAGGCGGAGGAGCCAGACAUGGACGAUGAGGAGGAGGAGGACGAGGAGUCGUCGCCGUCGUCUAAACGGCCACUGUACGACCUGUGCUUCCACCUGCUCAAACUCUACAGUGACAGACACUACAGCCUGCAGCAGCUGUUGGACCCUCUGACGAUCACCUGGGAGCGUCUGGAUUACCGUGUGAGCUGGCACCUGUGGGGCGUCCUGCAGGCGCUGCACUACAGCCACCUGAGCGCCUCGCGGCAGGGGCUCCUCCACGCCAGCUACGCCGCUCAGCUGGAGAGCGCCGGUCUCUGGCACAUGGCCAUCUUCAUCCUGCUCCACAUCCCCGACCACGCUCAGCGGGAGCGGGCGGUAAGGGAGAUGUUGACCCUCCACUGCCCCCUGCAGGAGACAGACGACUCGGUCCAGAGGGAGCGCUUCCUGAUCGAGAGGCUGCUGAUCCCGGAGCAGUGGAUCCACGAGGCUAAGGCCACCCGAGCCCGCCGAGAAGCCGACAGACACCAGGAGGCCCUGCACCUGUACCGGGCCGGAUACUGGAGCCAGUGUCACCGGCUGCUGAUCCAGCAUCUGGCCUCAGACUGCAUCAUCAACGACAACCACGACUACCUGCUGGAGUUCCUGGAGGGGCUGGCGGUCCCGGAACACAGCAGCACCAUCCAGGACUGGGACACUGCAGGGAGGGUUUACCUGGACUACAUCCGGGUCAUAAAGACUCUGCAGGACAUCCAGCAGAUGGAAAACGCCGGUUACGAGUUGGAGCGUCUCUACACCGACGUGACGUCUCUCUGCAGCAGGAUCGAACUUCUGCCCUGCAGCACCGCCAGAGACCGCCUCGCCCAAUCAGAAAUGGCAAAGCGCGUUGCCAACAUCCUGCGCGUGGUGCUGAGCCUGCAGCAGGGCGAUGCGGCGUCCGACUCCCUCAGCAUCCCACUCGCCCAGCUGGCACCGCACAUCACCCGCCUGCCGAUGCCGGAGGACUACACGCUGGAGGAGCUGCGAGGCCUCACGCAGUCGUACCUGCGACAGCUCAUCGUCAGCCAAUGAGAGUGCAGAACACGAGCGGGACGGCAGACGCAUUGUUAUAAUUGUCAAUAAAAGCGUGAAAAGUUCUUCAGGUGUUGAAAUUCAGCUGCUCAGGCAUCAUGAAAUCCUGACGCAGAAAGGUUUCCGAAUAGAAAAAGGAGCAAAAAAACUUUUCAUCAGUUAAAGUCGAUUUGUCCUGUUCCCGAAAGUCUGCAAACGAUAGUUUGAGAACUUUAACCUGAAGCUUAUUCAGUUCAGCUUUGGACGUCGUCUGUUUGAGCUUCUUCAGCGCUUUCAGUUUGUCCACUGAAAAACAGGCACAAAGCUUCAAUAUGUCAUUCCUCACCACCUGUGAUCGUGUGUGUGUGUGUGUGUGUGUGUGUGUGUGUGUUAAUUCAGGUGAGCGUUUUAAAAGAUAAUCAACAGUAAACGACUCGAAAUGACUUAAUUUAAACUUAAUGCACCAGACCAGUGAGGUUUGUAAGUUUGAGCUUAUUCACUACAGAUCUCGCGUCUCAGUUCACAUCGGUUACUCAGUUUCAGAGCAGUGCCCCCCCCCCCCAAAAAAAAUGGUAUAUGGGAUCACAAGAUGAUUGAACAAAAAGCAAAAAGGUUUGUUUUCACCAUAUCAUCUUUAUCUUUUUUAUCAUCUAUUAUUAAUUUUUUGUUGAUCUACUAAUAGUUGCAGUUUUAGUUAUGAGAGGUCAGUCUGUAAUGACACUGACAAGUUAUCACGGUAGGUCACUCAGUAUCAAUGGUGGUCAAUCAAGUUUACCAGUGUCCAGGAACCAAAUUUAUAUAUUUUAUAAUGCAGCCGACGAUUCCUGCGACGGGUUACGCAGCUCAGUUGGUGUUCAAGAGGCUGUUGCUUGAUUUUCACACGAUGCAGAAACUAAUAGAAUCCAGUGGAUUUCUGCAGGACGAGGUAAAAGACACACACAAAGUCCUCAAACUGUCCAGCUCAAAUUUGAAGUGUUAAGGAGCUAAAGCUGAAAAACACACUGGUUUGGCCCUUUUUUAAAAUGGUCAGUUAAUCACUUUAUUUGUAGGCGCUGAGGGACGUGUAGAGGUCGGAUUAGAAUUAGAUUUACACUCAGUCAUUUCGAAGUUCUGUUACUGUUUAUUAUUUUGAAAGGUUCCCACAAACAGGCUUAUUGCCUUCUUUAACUGAGUUUCCUUCUCCGUAUGUUUGAAUAGCGUCUUUGUAACUGCACCAUCCUGUUCAUUCGACUGUGUAAAUGUAACUCUGAAUUACUCGUUUGACCUCCGCCCCCGCAGAAAGCGCCACGUUAUUGAUUAGCUCUGAAUUAGCUAAGUGCGUGUGUAUUCGGGGGGGGGGUCCCAUCUCUUCUCCAACAACUGACUGCUCGAUAUUUUUUCCUUCAAAGAUUUGGUUUUAUCGUGAGUAAAUAAAAGCGGCCGUUAGCUUAGCGUAGUGAGACAGCAGCAUCUGUUCAUCUGUCAAUAUGUGAAUAAAGAUGAUCUAUCUUAAUAUUAAAGAGCGGUGAUGUUGUACAAACAGGUUCGAUGUGCACAAAGUUGCUUUUUUGGAGACGACUCAGAGGAAAACUCAACAUGCAAAGUGUAAAAAGCCUAAUGGUCUAUUUUUGUAGAUUUCUCGUUUUUCAGUUUGGUUUGAAUGUAAAUCGAAAGUGUGUGCGCACGUAACCAGAGAUAAACAACAAACAAGUGUUUUUGUUUUUUUUUAAUUUUAGUAGCACUUCAUUACAGUUUGGUCGUCACAUUUUCUGAAGUGAAGAGUUUCCUUCCAAAACGAGCUGCCAACCAGAGAUUUCACUGCAUGUAAUUAUAUAAAUACUGUAUAUUUUUGGAAAAUCAAACAGGGAAUAUCAGGUCAUUUUUAUCCUCCACGUUUAAUUCUUCGUAAAUUGGAUGCAGAGUUUUUUUGGAAUGAAACCUUCCACUUACCGAUCGAUCGAUUCGUCAUUUUGCUUUUUGUUGUAGAUGAGCUGUCAGCUUGCCGAGAAUUUUUUUUUUUUUCCUCCCAUGAGUAAAAUCAGUUUCACUAUUUCUGCUCCACACGAUGUCUGUUUUUUCUCCUGUUAAACAGAAACAGCGUAUGUAGUUUACAUGGAUGGAUACUGCUUUUUGUGUGUGUGUGUGUGUGUGUGUGUGUGUGUGUGUGUGUGUGUGCGCGCGCAUGUUUA